GCGCCUUGAACUCUGCCGUCCUGCUGCCAUGUUGGAUUGAAGGAUCGUUAUUGCUUUAGGAGUUCGGGAUGAAAGUUUAUAUUAUGCAGUCUGUCAAAAGUGGACGAGUUAAAGGAUAAAUAACCCACAGGAGUUAACGAGUCGCAUCUGCAUCGCCCGCGCACUGAGGAUAACACUACGUCGGCUUUACUUGUAUGCGGAAUUCCUUACGGGAUGAACGGAGCGCAGGCCAUGUUGAUCUGUGAUUGCACAUAAAAUAAUCUAAUACGAGACAAACGCUCAAGUUCAUCCGCCUCAUCCGUCAACAUGAGCGGCCACCCGCCCCAGAGGAGGGUGGCAAACGUGGGCUCUCUGCUUCUCACCCCGCAGGAGAACGAGUGUCUGUUCAACUACCUGGGCAGGAAAUGCAUCACCUUGUGCUCAGCAGUGGUCCAGGUGUACGGGGCGGACAGGGGCUCGUCCUGGAUCAAGAGGUGCUGCGGUGUGGCGUGUUUGGUGAAAGACAACCCUCAGAGGUCUUAUUUUAUCCGUGUCUUUGAUAUCAAGGAUGGAAAAACAAAGUUUGAGCAGGAGCUCUACAAUAAUUUUACGAUCAAUAGUUCGAGAGCCUACUUCAUUACCUUCGCAGGAGAUUCUUGUCAGAUGGGCCUCAACUUUGCCAGUGAAGAGGAAGCCAAACGAUUUCGGAGUGCACUCAACGAACUGCUCAACAGACGACAGAGGAAAACUGAGAAAAGGCGUGACCCACCAAAUGGACCCACACUCCCGAUGGCGACGGUGGACAUCAAGAACCCCGAGAUCAACAACAAACUCAAUGUGACCCACAUGAAUAACAUGGUGCACAGUGGCCUUAACAAGAAGGAAAAGAAGGUCAAGGGCAAGAGGAAGAAGUUGACUAAGGCUGACAUCGGGACACCAAGCAACUUCCAGCACAUCGGUCAUGUAGGAUGGGAUCCGAACACAGGCUUCGAUUUGAAUAAUUUGGACCCUGAGCUGAAGAACCUGUUUGACAUGUGUGGCAUCUCUGAGGCCCAGCUCAAAGACAAAGAGACGUCUAAGGUCAUCUACGACUUCAUUGAGAAGAAGGGUGGUGUAGAGGCUGUGAAGAAUGAGCUGAGGAGACAAGCACCUCCGCCUCCACCCUCCCGGGGCGGCCCCCCACCCCCACCCCCUCCUCACACUUCUGGACCCCCACCUCCACCGCCCCCAGUGCGGGGACGAGGAGCCCCACCGCCCCCUCCACCUUCAAGGGCCCCGACGAGCGCUCCCCCUCCCCCUCCACCAUCCCGGCCUAGCAUGGGAGCGCCUCCACCACCACCUCCCAGCAGAGGGCAUCCACCUCCCCCACCACCUGCCCCCGCCUCCAUGCCACCUCCCCCGCCACCACCACCUCCAUCCGGAGGAGCUGCCCCACCUCCACCUCCUCCUCCACCGCCUCCACCUGGACCUCCUCCACCUCCUGAAAUGGACGCAGGCCUCGGUGAAUCAACGCCCUCGCCCAUGGGCGGGAAAUCAGCUCUGCUGGAGCAAAUCAGGGAGGGAACUCAGUUAAAGAAAGUGGAGCAAAACAACAGGCCAGUGUCGUCCACAGGACGCGAUGCGCUACUCGACCAGAUCCGACAGGGCAUCCAGCUCAAAACGGUAUCAGAUAAUGACUCAGGACCACCCACUCCUGCUCAGUCAGCAGGCAUCGUUGGAGCUCUGAUGGAGGUGAUGCAAAAGAGGAGCAAAGCCAUCCACUCCUCAGAUGAAGAUGAAGAUGAUGACGAUGACGAAGACUUUGAGGAUGAUGACGAAUGGGAUGAUUAAUCCCUCAACACUAACCCCACCCAGUAGAGUAAAUGAUACUAAAUUCUCACUUCCCCAAAUUUUACGCUCAUUCUGUGUAUUUUUUUUUUUUUUUUUUCUUU